UUAUUGUUGCGCAUUGAAGCGUUUAACAAAAUGAGACAUACAAGCAAGCACACGUAUGUUUGAAGUCCCUAAAAAACUUUGGGUAGUCCUUAGAAGAGCAUGUCUUGAACUUUUUACCAAACAAGAAUUUAAUACAAUCACUAUUGUAUCUACUAUCUACAUGAAAGUGAAAUCUCCUCAUCAUUUCAGUGUGGACUUUGAAUCAAUAUGAAACAUUAUGUAACGAGUAUUUUCGCAAUAUUCCAAUAAUUUCGGUUUGGAUUUCUGUGUUCUGAAUCAAUAUGAAACAUUUUGUCACCUGUAUUAUUGUCAUCUUUCAUUUCUUUCAGUUUGGACUUCUGUGUUCUAAAUCAACAUGCAAACUUGGACGAAUUUGUAUGGAUAAAAAACCUAUCGUAUUCGCUGGCUCCGUCCUAGAAGUCUGCUGUACAAUCAAUGCAAGUUUUACAGGAGAGCUCGUUGAGUUCGAGUAUCUCAAAACUAAAGCAAAAGUUCGGACAGAAUUUGGAACCAGGAAAGUCUGCUACAAUUUCACUUUGUUUGCUCCAGACAGUCUAGGAAGUUUCUCUUCUUGCAGAAUUGAGCAUCAACGUCAAUGUAAAGAUUUUUUUCUAAUUGUUGUGGAAAAACCUUUUCCAAGGACUUUCAAUGCUGAUUGCUAUACACAGUUUCCUAAUUUGGUAUGUCAAUGGGAAAUGCCAACUUUUAUUGUCAAGAGAAGAAAUGUCACAGUUACAAUGAAUGUUGAAGUGUUGAACAGUAAUGCCAGGCAAUUAAAUACUAUACAUUGUGGUAAUGCAACAGCCUGCAUUCUAAAUCUGAGUGAUUUAUCGGUCUGGGCUAAUGGUUUUCCUGUAAAUGUUUCGCUGACCUUGACCUACAAAGAUGUGAUGUUGGAACUCUCAAGUAUAUCAACACCAUGGUAUUGGAUACAUCCAUACACUUGGCAUAAAGAAAAGCUGCAACUAGAGAAGUUCUCAGUAACCAAUAUUACAUCAACAUGUUUGACAAUACAUUGGUCUACUAACGUUCCCGACAUUUCCAUUGGGGAAUCAGCAAUAACAAGCAUCACCCUGGAAACAGACGGGGAAACACAUUAUGCAAAUAAAGUGAAUGGAGAUGUGAAUGACGAUAAAGAUGUCACCAGACCAGGAAAUCAAACAAUUUGUAAUUUAACUCCUUUUACUGCGUACAACGUCUCUCUGAUGUCACGUUUUCCUGAGAGCACAGUCUGGAGUGAUACAAUCCAAAAUACUUUUGUCACGUUACCUGAUGUGCCGAAAUGUGGCCCAGAGGUUAGCCCUGGUGGCUAUAAUAUCGUCAAGAAUGAUCAAUCUUACCAAGCUGUUGUCUAUUGGAAGAUACCCUCGAACAGAGAUUGGAGAAGUGAUACUCAGCUUGGAUAUUACAUUUAUCAAAACCACAGCAAUGAAGGGAAAGUGCUUAUACAAGAACUAGGUCAAAGUAUAAGUUUCUUUAGGACAGACGUAGUCAAACAUGGAACCACAUCAUUGUACAUCAAGUCUAAGAACAACAUUGGUAAAGCUAAUUGCUCUGCGCAUGUCUUUAAGUUUCAAGAAAAUCACUUACAAAAAGAUAUAUCAAGUGUUCAAGCUUUUUGGAAGAAUGGCGUUGUGGAGGUAACUUGGACGACUCGAUCAAGUUUUAACAUCAUGGCGACUGUUUAUUGGUGCAAAUUUUCAAAUGAGACAGACAUAUGUAAUAGUCCAAUCCAAUGGCUAGAAGUAGGCAAUGUUCAUCUCAAACAUCCCAGCAUCCAACUUUCCUUGACUGAGGCCCAAACAUUUCAGUAUGGCGUUUCUGUUUUUAAUAACAUCACCAACACGUCUGCAGGAAUCACGUGGACAAUGUGCUUAAAGGCAUUUCAAGAUGGAAAAGAAAUACUCUCAAGAAAUUGUGACAUCAACUUAAAUAAAGUGGAUAGCUUAGUGACUGUGAUAGUUACAGUGAUAUUAUUUUCUGCUGUUGUCUUGCUAGGUCCUUUGGUUUACUUCAUAUGUAAAUGCCACAAAAGACAACAAGAGAUAAAAGGACUUUAUAACAAUUCCAGUGAACAUGAACCAAUGAUAGACACAAAUAACUCUGGAUCUGUCACUAAUAAUUGUCAAAACUCUUCAGAAAGCUCUUGUAACCAAAGCAGUGAAAGUGCACAGUCUGAAGGAAUUGUCUCAACAGCUUCCUCCUAUGUAGAUGUUAGUUCUCAAUGUAGUGAAGCUGAAGUACAUUUAACAUCAGAAUGGACAAAUGAUGUACUUAGAAGUACAACUGAUUCAGGUCAGACUAAAAAUAUCAGAGAACUUAAUGAAGGACAGAUCUUGAAUGGGCGAAGUCCAACAAGACCAAAGUACUAUGUUAGAGUCUGUGAAAGUACUUCUAAUUCAGGUCAGACUGAAAAUGUAAGAGAACUUAAUGAAGGACAGGCCUUGAACGAGCCAAAUUACUAUGUUAGUGUCUGUGUAAGUACAACUGAUUCAGGUCAGACUGAAAAUGUUAGAGAACUUAAUGAAGGACAGAUCUUGAAUGAGCCAGGUCCAACAAGACCAAAUUACUAUGUCAGUGUCUGUGUAAGUACAACUGAUUCAAGUCAGGCUGAAAAUGUCAGAGAAUUUAAUGAAGGACAGAUCUUGAAUGAGCCAGGUCCAACAAGACCAAAUUACUAUGUCAGUGUCUGUGUAAGUACAACUGAUUCAAGUCAGGCUGAAAAUGUCAGAGAAUUUAAUGAAGGACAGAUCUUGAAUGAGCCAAGUCCAACAAGACCAAAGUACUAUGUUAGAGUCUAUGAAAGUACAACUGAUUCAGGUCAGACUGAAAAUGUCAGAGAACUUAAUGAAGGACAGAUCUUGAAUGAGCCAGGUCCAACAAGACCAAAUUACUAUGUCAGUGUCUGUGUAAGUACAAAUGAUUCAGGUCAGACUGAAAAUGUCAGAGAAUUUUAUGAAGGACAGAUCUUGAAUGAGCCAAGUCCAACAAGACCAAAGUACUAUGUUAGAGUCUAUGAAAGUACAACUGAUUCAGGUCAGACUGAAAAUGUCAGAGAACUUAAUGAAGGACAGAUCUUGAAUGAGCCAGGUCCAACAAGACCAAAUUACUAUGUUAGUGUCUGUGAAAGUAUAACUAAUUCAGGCCAGACUGAAAAUGUCAGAGAAUUUAAUGAAGGACAGAUCUUGAAUGAGCUAGGUCCAACAAGACCAAAGUACUAUGUUAGAGUCUGUGAAAGUACUUCUAAUUCAGGUCAGACUGAAAAUGUCAGAGAACUUAAUGAAGGACAGGCCUUGAACGAGCCAAAUUACUAUGUUAGUGUCUGUGUAAGUACAACUGAUUCAGGUCAGACUGAAAAUGUUAGAGAACUUAAUGAAGUACAGAUCUUGAAUGAGCCAGGUCCAACAAGACCAAAUUACUAUGUUAGUGUCUGUGUAAGUACAACUGAUUCAGGUCAGACUGAAAAUGUUAGAGAACUUAAUGAAGGACAGAUCUUGAAUGAGCCAAGUCCAACAAGACCAAAGUACUAUGUUAGUGUCUGUGAAAGUACAACUAAUUCAGGCCAGACUGAAAAUGUCAGAGAACUUAAUGAAGUACAGAUCUGGAGUGAGCCAAAUCCAAAAAGACCAAAUUACUAUGUUAGUGUCUGUGUAAGUACAACUGCUUCAGGUCAGACUGAAAAUGUCAGAGAACUUAAUGAAGUACAGAUCUGGAGUGAGCCAAACCCAAAAAGACCAAAUUACUAUGUUAGUGUCUGUGUAAAUCCCUAGCAAAACAUUUGACUAAGGCAAAUGUUCAAUUCUCACAAUUUGUCUAGAAGCUUACUUUGGUAUUUAAUUAUCAACAGUUAUCAAUAGGACUACUCAAGAUGAAUGUCACUACCUGGAUCCAUGACCUAACAAGUCAGGCAUAAAUUAAAGAAAAAAAAUGGGUACAAUUUAUAAGCUGAGCAAAAGCUAAUCCUAUCAAUCAAAGUCGGCCUGACAUAAAGAUAAUUCCUGUUUCAUUCCGUGAUGUGAUUUCAUACAUCAUAUGUGUUGCCAUUCAUGACAAAACUUGUACCGGGUAAUGUCAAAAUUAUUUUUAUUAAUUGUAAGUUAAUAUCAUCAUUAUGUACAUGCUGGAGCUGGGAAAGCUUCAAAAAAAAAAAAAAAAAAGAACUUUGUAAGAUUUAUAAUCCUCUUCUUAAAAUUAGUUCUCUAUAUAUGUUUGAAAUUAUGUUAAAACAAUUGCAUUAUUUUAUUCUACUUAAGAGAUCAAACUAAACGUUUAUAAAAAAAAAAAAAGGAACAGAUUAAAUAAUACAGAUUAAAUAAUUUAUCAAACAUUUUAUUAGGUAAGUACAAUAACAAAAAGACAAACAAUUUACAUAUUAAAGAAUUACACAUAUUAUUUGACAGUGAUGCUAAUGACUCGAAUAUCAUCAUAAGGUUUGUCUGUUUUUGGAUUGACUUUGACAUUGCUUAUUGUCUGGACUACUUCCAUGCCCUUGACAACUCGGCCAAACACUGUAUGCUUGUUAUCCAGCCAAGGCUAGUGGAAUAAUAAACAGAUUAGUUUUCAAUGUGAACUCAACAAAUUUGGGUGCAAUGUUAAGUACAUGAAGUGAAUGGCUUACUGAAUAAAUAUUUAUUUCUUUGAGCAUUAGCUUGUAUGUGAACAAAAACAACUGCUUGCAAUAACCAUAAAACUGAACUAACUAUAUCCUUAUUAUCUUGUUUGAAUCCUUAAUGCAGUGUUUCUCAACCUUUUAGAUUUGAUGCCGUCUCCCCCAAAUGAAUAAUUUAACAUUCGUGCCUCUUAGCCAGCUUACAUAACUCUGUCAUUGGAGGUGGGAGGAAAAACCCUGGCAACAAACAUUUUUUCUGCAUUCUGAAUUUCUGCAUUUCAGAAAUGCAUUCUCCUGGCAGCGCACUAUUCAUUUUAGUAAAAAAAUACAGAUCCAAUUAAGUCAAAUAAGACCCUUGGGGCAAGGGCAAUAUGGAUAUACACAUCAGCACAAUUUAAACAUCAACAAUUGCAGGGAUGUCUGUGUAAUUACUCUUUGUUAGCCUGAUCCUUCAUUGACAUUUUUCCUAUAGACUGAUGCUUCAGGCAAAGGAAUCACUGUAUUUAAUGUCUGAUUAUGUAUUUUUAUUUUAUUUAUUUAUAUGUAACAUGAUAUAAUGUUACCAUUAUUAUUGUUAUUAAUAUUGUGUCAUGUCUUUCUGAUAUCUGAUAUGAUUUGAUGAUAGCUUGAUCAAGCUUGAUCUGGGUGUAGACUGUAAACAUGUGUGUCGAGUUGUUCUGAAGGCUUUGUAUUGGCAGUACUUGAUCGUUGUGUAUCUCUGGUGACCAACAUGUGCCUUUAUGUCAUGCUAGUAUUUUUAUCAAUUUAUGUUCCUCUGAAUACAUAAUUAUUUUAAUUAGUCACCUUCAUUGAUUACUAUUAUGAACCAAAUGUUCAUUCAUCUCAUUAAACAUUUGUUAAUCAA